AUGGCUAGGAAAAGAAAGGCUGGUCAAGUGGUGGAAGAGAAAGAUGUAACUAGUGAGCAAACAAUGGCUUGGGAUGAAAUGGUGAAGGAAGCUGCAGCAGCAGCUGCACUAGGAGGACCUAGGAGAGCUAGGAAGCGAUUUGUUGGUGUCCGGCAAAGGCCAUCAGGCAGAUGGGUAGCUGAGAUUAAAGACACCAUCCAGAAGAUAAGGGUGUGGCUAGGCACUUUCGAUACUGCAGAGGAAGCAGCCAGGGCCUAUGAUGAGGCUGCUUGCUUGCUUCGCGGAGCCAAUACAAGAACAAACUUCUGGCCUUGUUCUCCAUCAUCUAAUUCAACCCCAGCUCUUUCUUCAAAGAUUACUAAUCUCCUUCUCCAAAGGCUUAAAGCAAGGAAAAAUCCCUCUGCUCCUUUGCCUACUUCUCCACCUAUCAACCAGCAACCGAUGCAGCAAGCAGAGAAGUAUAGAGAAGAUACAACAGAUUUUUUGGAUAGUCAGUUUCCUGAUUUUCUUAAUGAUUCUGAAGUUUGUUACAUGUCAAAUGAUAACAUCAAUAAUACAACUGCAAAUGCUGCUGACUACUUGACAACAAGUCUUGAAUCAUGUUUAACUGAGAAUGAAGAUUCUUCAAGGAGAGAAUUGGAUUCCGGUUGCACUUUCAGCGAUGCGGCUCAAUCUUCCAGGUUUGAUGGUGAUGGUGUGGGAGAGGAAAGAGAUGAAGAUGGAGAAGAAGGCCAUGAUAUGGGGGCACUGGAUUUCCAGUUUGUGGAUGAUAUUGGAGCACCUUGUUACUACUCACCUUUCCAGAUUGCUGAAGAGAUUGAGGUACCAAUGGAGCCAGAGAGUUUUGGGGAUGAGCCUUCGAUGAUUAGAGCUGCCAUGAAGAGAAUGACAUACGAACGCAAAUUCUCAGCUUCUCUCUAUGCUUUUAAUGGGAUAUCAGAAUUGUUGAGGCUAAAGCUUGGUUCAGAAAAUGUCAUGGGGAGAGCAAGAUCUGAACAAUUAACAAAGCUUCAAAAUGCAUGUGAGAAGAACAAAGGAGAGAAGACUGUGAAAGAAGAUGAUACAGAAAUGAUGGGGAAAAAACAGGAAAAAAGCCCACAAACUUCAGUGGAAUCUUCAGGUUCAAAUAUGGGGUUUUCAUCUCCAAGUUCAGUGGAAAUGGGGGCUUCUUCAGCAGGAAACGAUGGUGAAUCUCUGUGGAGCUCACUUGAUCUUCCACCCAUCUGCUUUGUCAACUAA